AUGACAUUUCACAUUGAUAAUGUAUUCUAUCCAGCAGGUUGGAAAGUUGAUAUCACAAUACCAAAUUCAAAUUUUCUGGAGGAAUUAAAACUGAUUGAUUCAGACCGAAGGAAAAUUUGCUACGGUGUCAAUAUCCAUAUUUUGCAAAGUGGACAACUAAUUGUGCUGUUUUUACGUCAAGCGCGCUUUGCAGUUUUUGUCAGCUGCGUUUGGAAAUUUAGCGUCGUCAGAGUUGCCAUUAAUGACAGUUCCAUCAAUUUGCCAAAUGAUUCACCUCCAAUUCAAAGACAACAAACAUAA